AUGGAGCCGGUCGUCAAUGUCUUGCUGAACACCUUCCCCGGCCUGUCGCUUCCCCGUACAAUCUGUCUACCCUUGCCAGCUACUUCGACCACCACAGAGUUACUGGCCACUAUAGCAGAGCUACUCCCACCUAAUUUCCCAGACACGACGCACCUGACUUUGACCUCGACCCUAAACAAACGUGUACGUCCCUCGUCUACGAUCACUGUUGGAGAAUUGGCAUUCGCUUCAUCAUGUCACGACAACGCACGCAGCUCUCUGCUUCCCCUCCGACUAUCUGCCCCGUUGGUGGGAGGGAAAGGUGGGUUUGGUUCUCAGCUCCGAGCGGCUGGCGGUCGUAUGUCAUCACGAAAGAAACGUCAAAAUGCAGAACUUGCGUCCGGAAGUGCUCGCGGUCUCGAUGGGAGAAGGCUGCGGACCAUCGCAGAGGCCAAAAAUCUCGCCGCAUAUCUGGCUACCAAGCCGGACAUGGAUCGAAAGGAGAAGGAAGAAAGACGCAAGAGGUGGGAACAGAUCAUCGAACUGGCUGAGCAGAGGGAGGCCGACAUGCGAGCAGGUAAGGGACCGGACGGCCGGCGGAAAGGACUCGGUGACGAGUGGAUAGAAACGAAAGAAGAGGUUGGAGAGAAUGUGCGGAAUGCUGUUAAAAUGGCCAUGCUGGCAGGUGAAGAGCAAGAAGAGGCAAAAAGGUCUCCAGCACAAGAAGCUGACAGCAGCGGCAGCGGAGGCUCCGGUCCUGGGAGUGACGAAGAUAGCGACGAGGAAGAUGUGAUGGAGCUGGAUCAAGAUGAUAUGUCCCGGCUUAGAUCAGAAGCUGAGGCAGGAGAUGCCGACGCCAUCUGGGUGCUGCAGAAUCGACUCAAAAUUCCCGGCCAUCUGUUGCCAAAGCCCAAGCAAGCAGUUCGGCGGUUCGCAGGGUUUGACGACGAAGAUGAAUUCUCGAGCAGUGACGAGGGCGAGGACGACGAGACUGAGCCGGACGCGAUGGAAGGUAAAGGCAAGCACAAGGUUUCCAUCGCUUCAUAG